AUGUACACGCCCUCAACGUCCGCAACUUUCGUUCUUGGCCCCCCGACACCUAGCGCAAAGACGGGCUCGGCGCUGCGCUUCCGCAACGCACUGGCGACAUCUUCUACGGUGAGGCCAGUGCGCUUGGAGUGGACCAUGAAGCUCUUAGCGAGCUGGAUCAGCUCGCGCAGACGGUACUCGGCAUCGACCGCGAUCAUGCGGGGGACGUCGGGGCGCAUUGCGGGCAAGUUGGACAGCGAUUGCGCGAUAACGCGAACAAAUUCAUCCGAAAGACGACCGCGCAGACGCGCUCGGGCGGGGUCGGGCUUGGACAUGCAACUGGCAGUGGCUGCGGUGGCCGUGGAGAGCGAAAGGAAGUUCGGGGUGCGAUUGCGUAUGCACCCUCUAGCCCUGUGCGCGGCUUUCGUGACAAAUUUUUUUGGGGCCUUUCGGGUUUCUUUAGCAUAA